CAACACCAUCAACAACAACACCAUCAACAACAACAAAAGCAACAACAAGAACUUCACCGCCAACAACAACCUGCAUCUCCCGGCAAGCAACAGCGGCGGCAACGGAAUACUCCACCACCACCGCCGCCGCCAGCACCGCCGCGGCAACCGGCAAUGGCAACAGCAGCGAAAGCAGCAAGAACUCCCACCACCACUGCCGCCGCCGCCAACGCCGCCAGCAGCAACGAAGCAACGGCAACAUUCAGCGGCGGCAGCGGGCUCCGCCGCCGCAACGCAACUGACAACAACGCCAUCCGCCAGCAACCGGCGGCGGCAACAGCAAGGACUCUCCGCCUGCCGCCAGCACACCAAACAACACCGUCGCCAGCGGCGGCAGCGGCAGCAAGAACUCCGCACCGCCGCCGCCAACGCCGCAAGCAACAACGCCAUCGCCAGCAACAACAGCAGCAACAGCAAGGCGCCACCACCGCCCAGCACGCCAGCAACAACGCCAUCACCAACAAGCAACAGCGGCAACAAGCAACCCCAGGCUCGCGCCGCCACCGCCGAGCAGCAACACCGCCAGCAAGCAACACCGUCGCGGCAAGCUGGCAACGGCAACAACAGAAUGCUCACCGCCGCCCACCAACACCAGCAGCAACGGCACCGUACGCCAGCACCAGCAACGGCGGCGCCACCAACAAGCGACACCGUCGCCAGCAACAGCAGCAGCAACGAAGCAAGGACCUGCUCACCGCCGCCACCAACACCACCAACAGCAACACAGGCUUUAUCGCAAGCAACAGCGGCAACAGCAAGGCUCUCACCGCCGCCACCGCCGCCAACACCGGCAACAGCUUAACGCCAUCGCCAACAACAACAGCGGCAACACACCAUCACCAACAACAGCAGCAGCAACAGCAAGAACAAACCACCACCACC